ACGAGACAAUACGAAAAUAUCGAGUAAAACCAUUAAAAAAUGUGAUAUUUUAUAUAAAUCUAAAUAAAGAAAUCUUCCGGAAUUUGAAAUAAAUUAUUAUUUAUAAAAAUAAGAAAUGCAUAAAGAACAAUGUAUUUAUUUAAAGAAAUAAUUAUAUGCAUCUGUUUGGUAUUUACAGUUUAUGGUGAAAAUUCUAUAAAUAAUUGUCCACGAUUUUGUAAAUGUGAUUCAUAUCUGCAACUAAAUAGAGCACAAUGCAGUUCCAAACGACUUGUAAGUGCCGAAGUUGAUUUACCUUAUCAGGUACAAAUAUUAGACUUAAGUUACAAUGACAUUACCACAGUGGAUAAGAAAUGUUUUGAGAACUUUUCCCACUUGAAAUAUCUCAAUCUAUCAAACAAUGCCCUGCACACACUGGACUGGGAGUCAUUCUCCAAACUAAGGCGCCUAAACGAAAUAGAUCUCUCUUACAAUAGACUCGAAUACUUGGAUGAACGUCUAUUUGCCCGAAAUAAAUAUUUGUUAAAAAUAAAUUUGGAAGGCAACAAAUUGGAGUCUUUGCAACAUAAAACUCUUUUAAAUAAUCCAUUUGUAGAAGAAUUAAAUUUGAAAAAUUCACAAUUAUUUUUACUACAACCAGAACUUUUCAGUGGUUUGCCUAAUCUAAGAAAAUUGGAUUUAAGUAAAAAUUUACUUAAUAAUUUUAAUAUAGAAGAUUUUGUAUAUUUAAAGAAAUUGGAAUAUCUUAAUCUAAAUGAAAAUUCCAUAAAAUGUGAUACUGCCAUCAAAAAUAAAUUGAGUUUAUUGGAAGAAAGGGGUAUAAAUGUUACCCUGGAUAAAUGUUUCAGAGAGAUAAAUGGAAACUUUAAAAGAGCUACCGAAAUGUUUGAGAAAAUGGUAAUGGCCGCUUCGCCCAUCGAAGAGGAGGAGCAUUUAAAUAAAAUUCACCAAUGGCGUUCUAAUAUAGAUUUAGAAGAAGAUUCCACGGAAGAAGAUGAUGAUGAGAAUUCCAAAGAAAUUCAUCAUCAAGUUAUAAGAAAAAACAAUGAAUGGUUAAGAUUUGCUCCAGAUACUAUUUUGUGUAAUAAACAAAAUUUUGUUUUAUGUCAAGAAUACCGCUCAUGUUUGCAGGACUUAAAUAAAGCUUGGCAUGAACAACGCAUUAUUAAGGAACAAUGUCCUCUUCAUGAUAUCAAAUUAGCUUUUUUCAUGGGCAUAGCCAUAGGCGCAUCGGCUAUAGUAUUCAUUUUGGCCUGUGCUUUAUGCAUGAAAAGGUGUUUGGAAGUGAAAAAUUCAGUUCCACCUCUUGACCACAUCGAUGAUUUACCCUCGCAACCUUUGGCUCGACCCACCUCACAACUUCCCCCUCAGGUGAGAAGACAACCACGCAGAAGAGCUGCUCCUCCCCCACGUUCAAUGGUACGCUACGAAGGUCCAGUUGGAGAAAAUUUCCUCUCACGUCUAUUUGGUCGUCCAGCUCGUCAACAAUAUUAUCGCACUAUUAAUCAAAAUACAGCCACAUUAAUAAGACGUUUAAGUCGCAGUAAUUUAUUUAACAAUCGUUUAAGUCAACAUUUUGCGGAGAGACAAAAUUCUAGUGAACCCAAUAGUCCAGUUGAAGAAGAUUACUCUCCAUCAGCCCCUAGACCGGAAACACCACCACCUUCGUAUGGAGAUGUUGUGAUACAUAAUUGUAGUGAUGCUAAAUGAUAGUAAUAUGUGACUAGUAUUUCUUAAUGUUUAGAAUUUAGACUAAAAUAUUCUUAAUUUUAUUAAAUAUAUUUAUUACACCAAAACAAUAUUGUAAAAAAGUUUAUUCUACAAAAAGAUUUACU